AUGAGCAAUCGCAAGAGAUCGCGAUCUGUCAGGGAGGAGAACCGUGCUGAGUGUCCCUUCACGAUUUCUUACGCGACUGGCCCUUCGGCCGCCCAGCAGGAACGUCACAAAAACAAGAAGCGGAAGCGCGAUGGUCAAAAUGACGAUAAACGGGUUCAGAUUCAAAUUUCUCCCUUCUUCCCAACAGGCAGCUUCAAAACGCACGACACCAUGGACUUGUACUACACUGUCGAACCUGGAAAACGAUGGCAAGAUAUGACGCGCUACAAUAGCUUCGUCCUCGGCGGUGUCAAAUAUUAUAGCGAAGGAUUCGUUCGUGUCGCUAACGAGGUAACCAUUGAACAACAAAAAGCUCAAGGUGCUGGCAAAGGUAUUUACAAGAAGAGUAUUGAUGACUGGAUCGCGCGCAUCCUCGAGAUCCGUGCUUCCGAUGAGCAUCACGUUUAUGCACGCAUCUAUUGGAUGUACUGGCCCGACGAACUUCCUGCUGGGACCCUUGACGGCAAGAAGACUGUUCAAGGCCGCCAGCCGUACCAUGGCGCUAACGAACUGAUUGCUUCCAACCACAUGGAUAUUAUCAAUGUUGUCAGUGUUACAGGACCCGCUACCGUCAACCAAUGGAUUGAGUCCGAUGACGAGGAGAUCAAAGACGCGCUUUAUUGGCGUCAAGUGUACGACUGCCGUAACCCGCAACUUUCGUCUGUUGAACCCGUGUGCAAAUGUCAAACUCCCGCGAACCCCGACAGGGCACUGAUAGGAUGCACGAGUUCGGAAUGCGGGAAGUGGAUGCAUGACGAAUGUAUGGCUCAUGACAUUCUCACGCAAGUCUACGAACGACUAGGAACCGAUAAGUCUCAUCGAACCGAAGGAUCGAUUGUCAAGGAAGGGAAGCCCAAGGAAGCGACCCGUCCUCUGUCGCCCACUGACGCUAUGGAGAAAGAGACCCAGCCGACGAUCGAUGUCGGUUCCGGCGAAACGAACGAUAACGUAUACGUGAAGAAGGCUGCUCGCGAAACCCCUCGUGAGACAGAAACCCCAACACCUGGACCAACGCCAUCCAGAUCUAUCGCCACCGCAUCAGUUAAAGGACCAGCCAAGAAGGGUCGCAAGAAGAAGAUCGCAGACUCCAAGCCAUAUCUGGGACUCUUCGAGGCCACUCUCAAGAUGCAAGACGGGCCCACAACAUGGGAGAUUCGUGACCUGCGUGAAAACGUAACCGGUGGCGAUGAGACCUGGACUGAGAAGGCUCACUGUCUGCUAUGUGGUUCUAGUAUUGACUGA